ACCGCGAACCGGAAGCGUACGCGCUUUUCCUGUUUCGGUUCAGGGUAUCAAAUGUCAACACAGAGGAGCAGCAGUCAGCUGAUGAGUGAAAACAUACCGCUGCUGUUCGCCACAGGAAGCUUCUUUUUAUUUACACAUGGAGGUGACGGAGGAGGAGCGGCGGCAGGUGGAGGAGCAGGUGGAGAGGCUGCUGAGCGGCCAGGGGUCAGAGGUCACCGGCUGUGACGUGGGUCUGGAGCAGAGCAAACCGGCGACUCUGAGGAAGAACGUCACCUACAUCGUCUGCGCCGUCAUCUUCAACGAGCAGGAGGAGGUGCUGAUGGUGCAGGAGGCGAAGCAGGACUGUUAUAAACAGUGGUACCUUCCUGCAGGGAGGGUGGAGGUGGGGGAGAGUCUGGAGGAGGCGCUGAGGAGGGAGGUGAAGGAGGAGGCGGGGUUUGACUGUGAGCCAAUCACGUUGCUGCUGAUCCAGGAGCAGGGACCGCAGUGGAUCCGCUUCAUCUUCCUGGCAAAGGUCACAGGUGGGAGUAUAAAGACUGUGGCAGCAGCAGAUCAGGAGUCUCUUCAGGCCUCCUGGUGGGACAGACACUCCGUCCUCCCCCUGAGAGGACGAGACAUCCUCCGUCUCAUCGACUGUGGACUCAGGUACCGUCAGGAUCCCUGGCAUCCCGUCACGUUACCUGUGGACCUGAGCUGCCGCCACGUGGUGCAGACACUCGUCCUGGUCUUCACCAACGCUGAGGACCAGAUCUGGAUCCUGCUCAUCAAAGCACCGACCCCCCACCUCCCCACAGCAGCGGCGGUGAAGACCCACGCAGUGACCUGGGCGGCCAACAUGGUGGUGCAGGAGGCCAUGCCGUCGGCGUACUACGACCACGAUGUCAACACGCUGGGCGUCUUCAGCCUGCAGCACAACGGCCGGCAGCACGGGAAGACGGACGGCGUGUGCUUCAACACGCUGGUGGCGCUGCUGCCCGACCGCGUCACGCGCAACGAGGACGGAGAGAAGGUGGAGUGGACGAAGACCGGAAGACCUCCACCUGUGGAAAACCCUCGAUACGUCUGGUUGGAGAUCCAGAAACGAACUCUGAGAGAGAAACUGCUGGAAAAGACCAAAAACACCUCGAUCCUACCUCUUCACAGCCUCUACUGAGACUCUUAUUGUGAAAAGAACGCACCGUUGAGUUUUAUUUUGAAAGAAAAAGAAUGUCUAAUUAUGCUUGUCUUAAGUAAAGUCGUAAUAUUUAAAGAAAAAGUCAUAACAGUAUAAGAAAAAAGUUGUGACAUUACGAGAAAAUGUGCAGAGCAAUAAACACUAAUGUAUGUUUGAUUUUAUAAGAAAUGUCAAAAUAAGAAAAACAUUGAAUUCAUGA